AUCUAUGGACUCCCAGAUUUCACAUUGCUCUACGAGGUGCAUCACUUCACUGAUUUGCCUUCUAUGCUGUACGAUCACCGUGGACGCACACAGAGUACCACUAACCUCGGACUGAAUCACCUCGGGCUCGUACGAGCCAANCGUACGAGCCAAGAAGUGGCGUUCUUCGAAGCACUAUGUCCGACCCCGAGUGAAGCACAUCCGUUGGCCGGCGAGUGUUGGAUUGAAGAGGGACUUCGCUGGCGUCGCCUACCCAUUCCAUGCUCAUUGGUGGCUCCUAGGCGAGUUCGCACUGAUCCAAAAGUUGCCGAUGUUCAUUCCACUCUGCUGAAUCGCACACACAUGCUUCGCCCGUUUGAGAACAUUGGUGGUCAUCGGGGUGUGUUCGUGUGUGGUGCCUGUCCCAUGUGGCUUUUCGGCACGGACACCGGCCAGAUUCGUGUAUUCCCUCACGCAAUCGACGGAAUCAUGGGAAGCUUUGCUCCGCUAAACACCACAAUCUGUCCGUCAGGAUUUGUCUAUUUCACAUAUUCGAACGAAAUGCGACUGGCCACUCUGCCUCCGGGUUAUUCAUUCUGUGAGAAUCUGGGCAUGCGCUGGAUACCACUGGAAUUGUCACCCUAUUUCGUUCAGUAUCACGUUGAGAGUAAGACAUACGCUGUGGUCGGUACGCGUUCAGAAGCAUGCUGUUCUGUGUACCGUUUGAAUGCGGAAGGGAACAAAGAGGAGGACGCUCUGCAACGACCUCUAACGUGUGCUCUACCUAUUCUAGACCAUUAUGUGUUGCAAAUGUACGCUCCCACUGUCACUCCCGUGCAUGAUCAGGCUUGGCAAGCGAUACCAAACACGCGAAUUCCAUUUGAACCAUGGGAAGUGGUCACCUGUGUAAUCACCGCUCAAUUGGCCUCAGAGCAAACAUUUCACGGCACGAAAGACUACCUAGCCAUCGGUGCAAACUUAUCGUAUGGUGAAGAAAUACCAGUACGCGGACGAAUCAUUAUUUUCGACGUGAUCGAUGUUGUUCCCGAACCAGGGCAACCUUUGACACGACAUAAACUGAAAACCAUCUACGACGGCGAACAGAAAGGACCAGUGACGGCAAUGACAAGUUGCCAGGGUCAUUUGAUCAGUGCAAUAGGACAGAAAGUGUACAUUUGGACAUUGAAGAAUGGAGAACUAGUUGGCGUGGCGUUCGUCGAUUCCGAACUGUACAUACACAGCUUGCUCUGUGUGAAAAAUUUAGUCUUGGCUGCCGAUGUUCUGAAAUCCAUACAACUUCUGCGAUUCCAAUCCGAUUUACGUGUGCUCUCCGUGGUCAGUCGGGACAGUAUUGCUCGUGAAGUGUACACUGCCAAUUUCUUUGUGGAUGGUCGUCGUCUCGGAUUUUUGGUGGUGGACGAAAGAGGCAACUGCGUCAUCUACAGCUAUGAUCCCUUGGACCCAUCCAGUCGUUCGGGGCGGCGACUGGUUCGCCGGGCUGAUUUAUGUCUUCCUUCUGUGGCCACUUGUUCCCUCCGGGUGUCGAAUCGAUUACGUCACGCGUUACUUUCCGUCAAACCUUCAGCACAUCAACAAGCACAAGCAUCCACCACAUUUGCGCCCGGAACAGCCGCAUCUGAACAAACCACAACCUCCGCCGAUCCCGUGGACUCGUCAAGUAGCAAACAAAACAGCAGCAGCAACAACAAUACCUCUUCAGCUCUAACUACUACAACUUCAGGAACGUCCAGUGAUAUCAAAAAACCGCCAGCCACUCCCGCAACCGUUAACCUACCCAAUCCCGACCCCGAUCGUCUUCGUCAUUCAGUGUAUAUGGGUACGUUGUGGACCGAUGUGAUUGUGCCUGUCGUCACCAAAUUCCGUUUACUUAUAUGUCCNCCCCCCCCCCGCGCGUCGUGCAUUCGAAUCAAUUAG